AUGUCUCCUCGAUCGAGACGCAAUGCCAUUUCUUAUUUCAACGUGAUGGUCGUUGGAUUCUCGGGUGUCGGCAAGACGUCUUUCAUCAAGACUCUCAUGGCGGCCCUGAAAGCCGAGAUGCCCAAAGACAAGCGUGAGUCGUUUGGUAGUAUGCCCGAAGGCACUCGACACCAAAUUGAUGGUCCACUUGAAAAGACGACGACACCUUAUACUGCGUCAGUGGGUAUCGACGUUGAUGGCGAAAAAGUCAUGUUGACGCUUAUUGAUACGCCCGGUUUCCAAGGAGAUUUCAAGAUUGAUAAACAGCUGCAUGAUAUUCUCGGUUAUAUUGAGCAUCAGUUUGACUUGACUUUGGCCGAGGAAAAUAAGGUCAAACGAAACCCCAAAGCAGUAGACACACAGGUGCAUGCUUGUUUAUACGUCCUCGAUCCUGCUAAGCGUGCAUUGGAUGAAUACGACAUUCGCAUCCUUACUCGACUUUCGCAACGUGUCAAUGUAAUCCCAGUGAUUGGCAAAGCUGAUACUCUUACUUCCGCCCAACGCAGCCGAUUUAAGCCAACCAUCAUUCAUGAUGUUUAUACGACUCAUAAGAUUCCACUUUACGGCCUCCCAGAGGAUGAUGAUGAUGAUGACGAAGAAGAAGAGGAGGAGGCAAAGAAUGCUGAAAAGGAUGAACAAGAAGACAAGAAUGGAACAUCAACAUCGGAAGAAAAGGAUGCGACAGCAAAGGAAAAUGGUCAAAGCGACAAAAAGGGCAAGAACAACACGCUCGAUGAUUUCCUCAGCCAAUUCAACUAUGAAGAAGAGGAUGAAGAGACACAAGCGUUUAUCGAUUAUUUGCGAUUGAUUCCCUUUGCAGUGAUUGCAUACGAAGAUGACCCCGAGACUGGUGAACCUGUGGAAAUCGAUGAUAUCAAGAUUGGACGUGAUUAUGGAUGGGUCAAGAUUGAUUGCCUUAGCGACCAAUACAGCGAUUUUGUAGCCUUGAAGACGUUAUUGUUGUCAAGCCAUCGUCGUAUUCUUCAAAGCGAGACUUUGGAACGUUAUUACGAGCAAUAUCGCACAGAGCGUCUCUUGGUGAGAAGAGCAACUCGUAUGAAGAGCAUGGACAUUGGCAAGAAAAUCCUUGAAGAUCUCAACCACCUGUAA